AUGCUUGAAAAUUUGAAGAUCCUGCUCGGGAUCACAGAGAGCGAGCCCUUCAUGGACCAGCGGCUGCUCCUCAUUCUCGAAAAUGCAAAAGCUCGACUGAGUGUUCUCAUGGGAGGCAUCGAGCCUCCCGACGAGCUUGAGCACAUUAUCGUUGAAACAGCGGUCAUCAGGUUCAAUCGCAUCGGAUCAGAAGGAUUGACAUCUCAUUCAGUGGAAGGCGAAGCGUUAAACUUCGCAGAAAACGACUUCGCGCCGUUCAUGAGCGAGAUCAGCUCGUAUCUCGAAGCGCAGGAAUGCACGGAUAAAGAGUCUGGCGGAUAUAACGCUGAUACCGGUGACUAUGAUCGCGACAUCAUUAUCGAGUCGAUGCAGUAUGCUGAUAUCACAGAUUCAUCCGACAGGACAGUCGAAAUGGUCUAUGGCGAAUUACGAGAAGGAGUUUUGACGGUACGACUUGAGCGGCCGUACACAGCACCGUUCGAUUAUAUCCGCAUCGGCGAACGUCGGUUCAAAGCGGAUAUGAAGCGCAGCACAUUCCAGAAGAUGGCUCUCGUCGUGGCGGAGGUGCAGUGA